AUGGCAUCCUUUGUGAUCAGCCGUCAUCUUGCGCUGUCCCUCCACAAAAACCUACACCUCAGUGUUACAGGAUGCCGUUAUGCAAGCAAAGCGGCCCCCAAAGCCCAAGUGGACUUUGAUUAUGAUGGACCCUCCAUGAAAACCGAAGUCCCUGGGCCGCGAUCACAGGAGCUGACAAAACAACUGGGAGAAAUUCAGAAUGUUGGCGCCGUCAACUUUUUCUGCAACUACGAGGAGAGUAGGGGGAAUUACCUGGUGGACGUGGAUGGCAACCGGAUGCUGGACAUCUAUACUCAAAUCUCGUCUAUACCUAUCGGAUACAACCACCCUGCUCUCCUCAAGCUAAUGUCCAACCCCAACAAUCUAAGUACAAUUGUGAACAGACCCGCCCUCGGAAUCUUACCUCCAGAGAAUUUCCCUGACAAAAUCACAGAAAGUCUUCUUUCAGUGGCUCCCAGUGGAAUGAGUCGUGUCCAGACAAUGGCCUGUGGCUCAUGCUCCAAUGAGAAUGCUUACAAGGCCAUGUUUAUCUGGUAUAGGAAUAAAGAACGAGGCCACAACUCACCAACAGAGGAAGACAUCAAAUCCUGCAUGAUAAACCAGGGUCCGGGUUGUCCAGACUUCAGUAUUUUAUCUUUCAUGGGCGGUUUCCAUGGUAGAACUAUGGGUUGCUUGACGACGACACACUCUAAAGCAAUACAUAAACUGGAUGUGCCCGCUUUUGAUUGGCCGAUUGCCCCAUUUCCAAAACUGCAGUAUCCAUUGGAGGAGUUCGUCAGAGAGAAUGCGCAGGAGGAGGCUCGCUGUUUGGAAGAAGUGGAGGACCUGAUUGUGAAGUGGCGACAAAAGGGUAAGCCCGUUGCUGGGAUUGUUAUUGAACCUAUCCAAGCCGAGGGAGGAGAUAAUCACGCCUCAGUGGAUUUCUUCAGAAGUCUCCGCAAAAUUGCAAACAAGCAUGGCUGUGCAUUCCACGUGGAUGAAGUUCAAACUGGAGGAGGGUGUACAGGAAAGUUCUGGGCCCAUGAGCACUGGGGUAUGGACGACCCGGCGGAUAUUGUCUCCUUCAGCAAGAAGCUUCUGACGGGCGGCUACUAUCACAAGCUUGAAUUACAGGCCGAUAAGGCUUACCGCAUUUUCAACACAUGGAUGGGUGACCCUUCAAAGAAUGUGUUACUGGCCGAGGUGCUCAAUGUGAUUCGCAGAGAAAACCUCCUCGAGGAGGUGAAUCGUUCAGGAAAAGCCUUGAUGAAUGGCCUGUAUGAACUACAGGCUCAGUAUCCUGGCAUCCUGAGUCGAGCUCGAGGACAGGGAACAUUCUGUGCAGUUGAUAUCUGCGAUGAUACAACACGCAAUGACAUCCUUCUGAAGGCCCGGAACAAGGGUAUCCUCCUGGGAGGUUGUGGGGAUCGCUCCAUCCGUUUCCGCCCAUCACUGGUCUUCAAGGAGUACCACGUGCACAUUUUUCUCAACAUCUUCAAUGACGUGUUGGCUCAGCUCAAAUGA